AGCAAUUUCAGGGUCCUUGAACACAAACCGGAAGACAUCUUUCGUUUCCCUUUGCUACAGCUACUAGCUAGGUAGCUGUUUUUUUCCUCAUAAUAUCUAGCUGUUUCUUCCAUUUGGAAAAAUGCUGUCGAUAUUCAGUUCCAUUCCUACACACAUGGACUACAAAGGACAGAAACUAGCAGAACAGAUUUUCCAAGGGAUUAUACUCGUUUCUGCAGUUAUUGGAUUUAUUUAUGGCCUGAUCAUUGAACAGUUUGGCUGGACUGUGUAUAUAGUACUUGCAGGUUUUGCCAUUUCUUCUUUGCUCACUCUGCCACCUUGGCCUAUGUACCGGAGAAACCCUUUGACUUGGCAGCCAGUAUUGCCAGAAUCACCGGGAGAUGGGCGAGAGAAGACUCAGGAAAACACAAAGAAGCCACGAAAGCACAAGUAGUGCAUUACUGCCUGUGCAAAACCCCAGGAUUUCAGUUCACUUUCUACAGUUUAUCCCAAGCAGACCUUCUUCAUUAUCCUCUGCAAGUUCAACCCUUAGGGAAAUAAGUAACAACUGGAUAAUUAUUACUAAUUUUUCUUUUACCAAAAUGUUUAUUUUUAUUUUUAUCCAUGUGUCUAAUAAAUUCCACCAAAGAAAAUGGCA